CUCGUUUUAUUUUAUCGUGGUAUGAAUGAUACGAGAGUCGGAACAUUGAUAUUGUUUCUAUCAUUGUUAUUUCAACGUUGAUAAAAGCAAUAUAUUUCUGUCAAAGAACGACAAAAACUUUCCUCGAGUAUAUUACAUUUAAAAAUAAACAAGUGUUUUAAAUAUAUGUAUAUAUAGAUUAUAUGCACAGAUAGAUAUUGCAAAGGAGGAAAAAUGAUACAACCGUUUUGAGAUCGAAAAAAGUGGAUUUGCCGAGAGACGAGACAGAAAUAACAGUACGAAAAGAAGAAAAUAAUAUAUCAUCGAAAACUCACAAUGACGAGCUGCGCUUCCACAAAUUGUUCGCCGUCACGAUCCUCCUUGAGUUGCUGUCAAAUUGACAAUACAAGUCAGAACAAUGUACAAGACGUCGCGAUUGUUACCGACACUCUUCCUCCUUCGACUUAUAUCCUAAAUGAAAAGCAUUCCUUCCCAAGGAGACCAGAAAUUGACUUGGUCUUCAAGAAUAUACGAUUUCGCGUGAAGCAAUGGAAUCUUCGAAACUUCUCUAUAAAUGACAAAGAGAUUUUACAUGGCGUUAGUGGAGAGUUCAAAGCUGGCGAGUUGGUUGCCAUUAUGGGACCAUCAGGAGCUGGAAAAUCGACUCUAUUAAACGUGCUGGCCGGUUAUACUUUAAAAGGUAUGAGCGGCGAGAUUCUUGUAAAUGGGAAAAUUCGAAUACCGCAUAGCGAAAGAUGGAGAAGAACCUCGUGUUACAUACAACAAGACUCAUUGGUCCGAGGAAGAAUGACUGUUGGCGAAGCAAUGACCAUGACAGCUCACUUAAAAUUAGGCUAUACUAUCAGUUCGGCUUAUAAACACACUCAAGUCUUGAAUCUUUUGGAAAUGUUGGGUUUGAGUUAUUGCUACGACACACUAUGCGGAAGAUUAUCCGGUGGUCAAAAGAAACGGCUUGACGUCGCACUUGAGUUACUCAGCAAUCCAUCAGUUUUAUUUCUUGAUGAACCUACAACUGGAUUGGAUUCAAUGUCCUGUAGUCAGUGCAUAGCUCUGUUGAAAAGACUCGCCAGAAUGGAAAGGCGUACUAUCAUUUGCACGAUACAUCAACCGAGCGCGUUAAUUUUCGAAAUGUUCGAUUCGCUUUAUGCGCUCGCCGAUGGUUGCUGUAUAUACAAGGGUCCGAUUCAUGGUUUGUUACCACACUUUUCGGCGACUGGAAUCACCUGUCCGGCUUACCACAAUCCUGCGGACUUUCUUAUCGAAGUUGCAAUCGGAGAAUACGGAAUAUCGGUUGAUAAAUUAACUGCAGCCGUUGAAAAUAUAUGGAACAAGGAAACACCAGAGUCGAUAAAAGAUUCGGUUGAAGGCAAUAUGGUUAAAGAACCAUCACCACCAGCUGGUUUUCUAAUGCAGUGUUAUCUCCUUUAUAAAAGACAAUUAUUAUGUCUGAAAAGAGAUUAUACGCUGUUGAUGGUGCGAUUACUUUGUCAUUUGCUAAUCGGUAUUAUAUUUGGCUAUCUUUAUAUGGGAAGUGGGUAUCGUGCUAACGGUGUCCUCGCUAAUUACGUUUACUUGUAUGGUUCGUUACUUUUGAUCGUUUACACUGGAAAAAUGGCGGUGACUCUUGCAUUUCCCUUGGAAAUGAAAAUUCUCGCAAGAGAACACUUCAAUCGGUGGUACAAAUUGGCACCCUACUAUAUCAGUUUGUUACUCGUUGAAAUACCAUUUCAAGCAGUAUGCGCUGCAACUUAUCUGGCAAUCAGUUAUUGGUUAACGGGACAGCCCGUAGAAACUUAUCGUAUUAUUUCUUUUAUGAUAGUUAGCAUAGCUGCAACUUUAACAGCGCAAGCUUGGGGAUUCUUUAUCGGUGCGACUACGCCAGUUAAGAUCGCCGUGUUCCUCGGGCCCAUCAUUGCAGUUCUCUUCUCGGUAUUUGGAUUUUGCGCGACAUACUUGGACACACCUCGCGCUUUUCGUUGGUUAUUCUAUAUAUCCUAUUUUCGCGCCAGUUUCCAUAGUCUUCUUUAUACAGUUUAUGGGUUCGACCGGAUGGAUCUCAAGUGCGAUGAGUUUUAUUGUCAUUACAAGAAGCCAACGAAAUUCUUAAACGAAAUGGACAUCAACGAUACAAAUGUGAUAAAUAAUUUGAUAUUGAUCAUUGGUAUAGGAGUACUUAUGCAUUUGCUAACGGCUAGUGCACUUUGGUGUAAACUUAAUAGAAGGUAGAACUUUAUGCAUA